ACCGCGAACCAGACCAGACACCGCCUCGUCGUCGUCAGUCUCGCUCCCCCUGUCUGUUCCCCAGCUCGCGUUCCCACCUCUGCCAGUCAGAUCUCGCCGCCGCGAUGGGCUCCGCGCACUCCUCCCACUCCUCCGUCUCCACCGCCGCCGGCGACGACGAAGAAGACGAGGGUCCCUCCGCCGCUGCCGUGUCCUCCGCGGGCCUGCCCGCGCUUGCGCCGCCGCCGGUGCGCGUUCCCCCGGCGGCCGCGUCCAAGGUUCUGGAGCAGGAGCCCGAGGUGCUGCCCUGCCGCGCCGCGGACUCGCCGCUCUCGCCGCAGCCCUCGGCGGCCGGGACCCCGCGCCUGCUCGCCGGCCCCGGCAUCAAGGUCUGGGACCCCUGCCACGUGCUCCUCCCCCCGCCGCCGUCGCAUCAGCAGCAGGGGAGGCCGGCCGAGGCCACCGCCGCGGUGGAGGUCGUGGUGGUCAGCCACGGGGAGUGCGCCGCCGCGAUGCGCCCGGACCUCGUCGGCGGGCGGUGGCCGGCCGCGGCGCUCACGGCGCGCGGGGAGCGGCAGGCGCGCGCGAUGGCCGUGUUCCUGCGGUCCCGCGGCGCCAGGCUCGCCGCCGCGUACGCGUCCCCGCUCGACCGCGCGCGCGCCACCGCCGCGCUCGUCUGCCGGGAACUUGAUUUCCCAGAGGAGCAGAUCCAACUAUCAGAUGCUUUGACUGAGAUGAGUCAAGGUCAGUGGGAGGGCUGCCCGAAAUCUGAAAUUUAUACUCCAGAAAUGGUCAAUCUGAUGGAAAGCACUCAACCUGAUUUCUCAGCGCCAUCUGGAGAGUCACUCAGGCAGGUGCAGUUUCGGAUGAUGGAAUUCCUCAACCGGACAGUCCUAAGGCUACCAGAAAAGGUGGCAAUGGGGGACACACUAUCACAGCAAAAUGAGCCAAAGGGGUUCUCUCGGCAGAGCUCCACUAAUUCUGUCCAAGAUGGCCCUCCUUGGGAUGUGCUUUACAGGCUCAAUCGACAUAGCCUCCAAAAAAAGAAAUCUGGAAAGAGCCGGCUCCAAUUUGUCACUUCAGGGGACAAUGAAUCCGAGGAUGACUUCUCCCCUAAAGAUAUAAACCAUAGGCAUCUCCUUCAUGACGGAAGUCUUGGGAGCUCUGUUGCCACCUCCAUUGCGAUUUUCAGCCAUGCGACCCCCAUUCGAUGUAUGAUUGCAGGCCUGCUGGACUGCAAUCCUAUGAUGUCCCAGAGAAUAUGUAUAGACGAUUCGUCAAUUACCGUUCUUGAACAUUCAUUGAAAACCGGAUGGCAAAUAAAAAGGCUGAAUGAUACGUCACAUCUCAGGCUUCUCUGAUACAGGAUGUUGCUCUGUUCAGGAGGAACGUAGCUGAUGCAUGUAUCGGUGAAUUGUAAAGAAAUUAUCAGAGAGCAUUCUGCAGAUCAGAUGCUGAGGUCACUUGCUGUACAUGCCACCAUCAGAAGUGGAGUCUCUUUACUGUAUUUCUUUUAUCUACUGCCAUAUCUCUAUCCAUGAAGGUCUGGCCUGUAGUAGUGUUGUGCUGUAUUUGUUGUUAUUCUUUUCCAAAUUAUUUUUCAAGUCUAAUUUCCAGCUGAAUCU